CAUGUUCCAUGUUCCAAUAUCUAUGGGUGUCAAAAUCAACAAUAAUUCUGAUAGAUAAAAAUGAGAGUUGGAACUUGAAAACACGGUUGUGUGAAUAUUUGUGUUGCUAUAUUUCAUAUUUUCAAAAAUUGGUUGUAUUAGUUCAUUUGGAUGGUCGAAAGCAAUGCCCACACUUUGAUUUACAUCAAUUAUUUGAUCAGAACCGAAUCAAGAAUUAUUCUACGAUGACCGAAACCGUAUCCAAUGUAUUCGACGUUGCCUAUCCAAGCCCGCCAACUUUGCUAGAAAUCUCAUAUAUCAAAGUUGCCGUAGAAUUAUGGCGAAGUAGUAUCCGUUCAUACCUCGUCCGAGACACUCGAUGUCGAUGGGGCAGCUUCAAUUUGAAGGACUGUGAGCGUACUCUGCUCAAAAAAGCAGGUCUUCCUGAUUUGCCACCUAAGAUUUACGACUUAGUGGAAGAAUAUAUCAACACGUUCAGAGAUUCAGUCUCACAAUGGCUGGAUUACCAUUGGGACAAAGUAUUCCGUUGGUGUACUGAUAUUGGUAAUCAUCGCUACUUCAUUUUGAGUAUGUUCCGUGAUUUUGCUUGGGACCGGAAUGGCACAAUUCAUUACGUUCGUACAGCCAAAAGAAUGUUGUCCUGUGAUAAAAUCUGUAAUGAAACAAAAUUCACGAUCGCUUGUUUUUACUGCUUCGAAGAUGAUAUCAAACGAAUUUGGCCAUCUGUCAGCGCAAAGAUGCAUUGCCAUGAAUUUCCUUUUUCCAGAAUUCCAGAAUUAUGCUACUGGAUUUGCGAUAUUAAAAACGUAGUUUUUGAGUAUACGGAUAGGAGAUGGGUAAAUGAAACUAUUGAUGUGAUUAUGCUCAAGACAUGCAACUCGAAUAACUAUACGCGCGCGGAGUAUUUUUGGAAUCAACUGCUGCAGGGAAGGAUGUCGCAAACACCUAUCAAACUGAGUACGAGCGUUUGGGAGCUAUUCGCUAGGUAUAUUUUGCAAAGAUUGAGCGAACCUCGGCUGGAAAAUUUUCUCGCUGGAAAUAAAAAUGCUAGUAAUUUAUUGAUUUCUCUAUUGAUCUACGGUAACACUGCCACCAAAAAACUUGUCCUUCCAACUUGGAUGUUCCUUAAAAACAAAAUGAAUAAAGACACUUUCACCAUGUUCAUUCAGCUAUUGCUAUUGUCAGAGACUAAUUAUUUAUCACGUGACGAACGUAUGGAUUGUACAAGUCCAGUGUAUUUGGCCUGUGAAAUAUGGAAAAGCGCCGCAGAGGAUUUAAAAAGGGCCGCUUUAGAUGAUGUGUUGCCUGAACGUUUGUGGUUUCACCAAGCCAAGUGUGCAUUGGAUUUUAAAGAAAUGAGAUUAAUGAUCACAAUGCUAUCGGAUGCCAGCUUCGAAGAAAGGAGUACAUUUUGGCACAAACAUUGGACUAUUUUGAUCUUGAACGCAAAUGUCGAAGAUAUACUCAAAUUAACGAAAUUGUGCUUCAGGAACGAGGAGGAAAUAGCUUCGUUCAAAGAACACAUGUUUCAGUAUGAAAAUAUCAAGCCGUAUCUCAUUCACAUGCUGAGAGGUGGUUAUGUUAAGCGAACGAAUAUAUUUUUGUCUUUUUGUAAUUCGGAUGCGCAGAAAAGAAUGGAAUUGAAGCAGCGUUUUUUGGAGUUGAAUUGGCAUGACGCGGAUAAGUGUUCUUUGUGUAAAAACUUUCUGACCAAAGAAGAACGCGUUAGUGAGUUUAUUAGCGACGCUGUUUGAAGUGGAUCUGGAUACGGAUUCAAGUUCACUACCAGUAACCGAAGACUGUUAAUGUUAACUCUAAUAAAUAUUGCAUUCGCUGAGGC